CAGGAAAUCAAACAACAAGACAUUAUUGCAUGCAACAGAGCAAACUGUUUCUCCCUAUUCUCCCUCCCAUCCCCUCUGCCCCUCACCAAAUAGGUAUAAGAAAAACACGUUAAAACUAUAAAAAUAUGAUAAAAAUAAAGCAAAAAUAAAUACCUAAAAAUGCAAAUAAACAAAUAAAUAAAAAUAAAGUAGUAUUGAUCAUAAUAAGAGGAUUUGAAUACUUCUGAAUAGUGAUUUUUCAGGAUUGUUGGGUUGUAUAAUAAUCUUAGUAUUUACAUUUACUCCAACAACUUCUGUCUCCAUCUGGUGGUGAAAAAUAUGUCCUUCUGUUACAGGAAGUGACGUAAUGAAAACAUUAACGUGCAGCGCUUUAUGAAAGAAAUCAGUUGUAGGUCUCAUUAUGUCUUAUUUAAAAUAAUAAACAAUCAAACGUAAUUUUUCGUCAUUGCUAGAGCAACUCGGAUAUUUUGGACAACAUUAACCCGAAGGAAGUUAAUUUGGAUAUUUCUAGAGUGAUGGCAGCCUCAUUACCCCAGAAGCCGGGGAUGGCAGGGAUGCCCCCUCAGCAGCAGCCCCACCUGCCCGCCGGUGCUGCCUCAGCCGCAGGUCAGCAGCCCAUGCCCCCUCAGGGAGCCCUGAGAGAGAUCUCCCCGGUGUUCCUCUGUCGGAUCGGACAGGAGACCGUCCAGGACAUUGUCACUCGCACCAUGGAGAUUUUCCAGAUCACACGAGCUACGCAGCUACCUAAUGGGGUAACCCAGAGCCAGGCGAUGUACCAGGACCGCUUUGCAAAGCUGCAGGAACACCUACGGCAGCUUGCCCUGCUGUUCAGGAAGCUCCGACUCCUGUACGAACGUUGUGUGGAGAUGACCUCUGACCUGCAGGAGGAGUCAUCAGAGCUUGUACCAUAUGUUGGAGAGGAGCUGGUUACUGUCAAAGUGGAGCCCUGCAGUUCUGGCAUCAACCAAGAGAGAAAAGAGGUUCUAGAGGUCCGUCAGAAGAACCAGGAGAUGAAGGUUCUGAUGGAUCAGAUGAGGAACCUGCUGUGGGACGUCAACGCCAUGCUGACGCUCAGGAAAUGAUAGAUCCACCUUUUUUUUCAGGAGAUUCAUUCCUCCACAGACGUAUGGACUGCAUAAUGGCAAAGACGAGGUGAAAUAAGGGAAUUUCUGCUGGAUUUGGAAUACGGUACAUUUAAGUUGCCACUUCAUCACUGAAGUCACCCCCAGUUCACCCUUCUGCUGUUUAAUAUGUAUUAUAUAAAAAAUAUUUUGAUAACGUAAUACUUAAUAACAGUUAAAAACUGACAACAACCUGAUACACUCCAACUCCAAGAAUCCUUUUCAUACAAGGCAGCUAACAACCCAGCUAAUGUUUGCCAAGUAUCCUACAACUAAUAUUAAGUCACUGCGCUUAUUCAAAUAAGUUGUGGACUCCUGUUUUCAUCCUGUUUAAAUAUAAUGAGUCGAAACCUGUAUUGCCUCAGGUAAAAACAAACAAGCUUUUCUUAAAACACCGUAUUCAUGGUGUUGUGCCCUCGGGUGCUGACUCGACACCAGGCAGACUUGAAUUCAUUGCAGGUAAUUCUUCCUGAAAGCAGAAGCUGAUGUGACGUCUGUGUUUACAAUCGGAACAAUUGCCCUUAUUAUGAUCUGUCAGUUGUAAAAACAUGAUGAGUGCAGAAUUCAAAUUAGCCCCUUGGCAGCUACGUAUCUCAGGUGCUUUGUACAUAAGUGUGUGAAUGUGUGUGUGUGUGCUUAAUGAGAUUAGCUUCCUGAGUGCUCGACAGCACACCUGUUUACCCUGAGGGCGGUGAGACUUGCUUGCCUGUGAAUUUAUUUUUGUAAACUGUGGAACAAAAGGGUUGGGCUACUGGGUAAUGUCUGUUUUGUAUAAAUAAACUUUUUUUUAAAACAACA